CCAAAGCAAUACAGUAUACCUGUAAACAGCUUUAAUUUGGAAAAUUGAAAAAAUAUAUAAUUAUAUAUAUUUACUUAAUAUAUAUAUAUAUAUAUUUAAACAUAAAUAAUAAUAUUCAAAAUAAAGAAAAUGCAUGGAUAAAAAAAAUUCAAUAUUUGAUUCUAUGUUUUCUUCUCAGGUGAAUCGACCUCCAUGAACUCCCGCUACCCUUCUCCUGCGGAGCUGGACGCCUUUGCCCAGAAGACCGCCAACAAUCCGCUGUCCAUCAGAAUAUUUCCGACAGACGUUCGAGUCCCGCAGCACAGACAACUCAACAAGACGGUCAACGGCCUGGACACCACAGGUCAGCGCUACACCCCCUACUCACACCCGUGCACGGGCUACCAGGGCUUGUUGGCCGUCGUCAGGGCCUCCGUCGCGGCCAAAGGCGUGGUGAAAAACUCAGAGGGUCGGAGGACUAAACAAGCACUAAACUCCCAGACUCCCGCGGCGCCGUACAAUAACGUUCUAAAUAAUGGCUACGCCGUCAGACACGGGCACAAAGCUUAUCACGCCGGCCCGAAUAAGCUCUCUGAAGCGCCCGUGGAGACGCUGUGUUCUAGCGCAGGGCUGACCUCUGGAGAUCAGAGCAGGCCCCCCCAGUCGGAGCUGGCAGAGGUUCAAAGCCUGGUGAGGCAGAUGAGACGAGCGCCGCACAGCCAGGUGCAGCUGGGAGGAGAAGCCCGAGCCAGCCCCUCUCUGCACGCCGUGGCCGCCGUGGCGCACCCGGACUCCGACUUUGUUCUGGGAGUCCCGCCCCAGAGCAGCCUGGCCUUCGCGGGAGCCGUGCUGCCGACGCAGAGCGCGGACAUGGCCAGGGCCGGGUACCUAGAGAAGGGAGACUACGCCGCCGUGUGGCAGCACAAGCACCACCUCCAGCACCCCCGGCAGUCGUAUCAGCCGGCGGCGGCGGCGGCGGUGAGGAUGUACGGCAUGGGAAACGUGGCUCAGGGGCACCGGGCAGCACAGACCGGGGUUGGCCAGUCGCCCGACACCUGUCUGCCUCUGGCCUGCUCCUCACAGAUCCAAUACAGGCCUCACCCCCCCGGUGUGGAGCGGGUCAGCGGCUCCUCUCUGAGCUGCGCCCCCCUGCAGGGGGAGUUCUCCGUCGGACAGUACUUCGCUCCUCUCUGGGACAACGUCAUGGCCACCCCUAACAGCGACUGUUAUCCCUCUCAGGUUCUGGCGACAAACCGCCAUCAGCAUCAGCAGCCUCAGCCCCAGCUCCACCCCCCGGCCCCUCCUCACAUCCAGGCCUACAGCGCAGACCAAAACCUCUGCUGUGGGCUGCCCACUUCCAGCCUGUGCCACACUGCGGUGCUGAGCAGCAGCCUGCAGUCCCUGGAGUGCCUCAUCAGUGAGAUCCACCCUCCCUGCAUCAAAGAGCGCAUGCUGGGCCGCGGGUACGAAGCCAUGGGAAUGCCUCAGCUGCUGGAGCACCACCAGAAAACCCACAUGCAGCUUCCCGUCUACAGAUAAGACGCGGUGCAGGGAGCGCCGGCGUGGACGGCGGUCGUGGCUCCGUUCACACAGAGACAUGCCUUUUCAUGUUCAUGUGCAUGUGCUGUAACUGCAGGAGGAGUAGAUGAUAAUCAGAAUUGAACUUAUACAGGUUAAUCCCACGGCGUCUCCGUGUUUUUAUCCAUCGAUAUUCACGCUCUCCGCUGAUUUUCACGUUCACCUUCGGUCAGAAGUCGCCGUAACGUUUGAACAGGAACGACUGGUCCUCUGAUGGAAGGGACUCUGCUGACUGUUUUUGUGACUAUUUUCUUUUUUUUUUUUUUUUGUUUUCUGAUGAUUUCUCAUCUGAGAAGUACCAGUUCUCAUUUUUAUGGGUUCUCAAAUUACGGCUUUCUGUUGCUCUACUGUGAACUUAGAUUUUUGUUUGUUUCAUUCUGAUUAUUGUGUUGCGAUCAUAGACCGUUUAUAAGAAUCGGGUUUCUGCAAAAGGGAGCUGAGAUUAAAAAAAAUGUGACAGUCAGCAGGCCUCAGUGGAACCACCAGAGGUCAGCGACCUGCAGUUUUCCAGCUCUAAAAUUAAAGCAAAUAUUAUACAAUAUUUCCACAGAAAUAUGCGUAACAGCGUGUGGUUCAGAUCGAGGUGCCUUCCUGGAAACCAACAAUCACUUCUCCCAAACUGGAAAAAAAUCCAGACUGUUUAUGAUGACGGGUUGACACAUUAAUACUCUGGAUACAAAUAGUAUUCACAAUACCAAGUAUUAGGUAAAGUGAUUACUUAUACUGAGUAUUUGAAGCACGGCAUCGUUGCAACAUGAACCAGAUCAGGGUAAAAAAAAAAUUCAGAAGAGUUCAGAAAAGAACAGUAUCGUUCCCUGUCACAGCGCUGGAGGUCGACCAAUCCCAGCUGAGCAAACAAACCAGUCUUGACAUUCAACUGACAUCGACGUAGAGGGUAAAAGGUCACGGAUGAGCCAAACUGGUCAUCGACCCCUGGGAUACACCGAUACAGAGAAUUACAUCAUACUAAUAAUUAUUGAACGCAGUAUAAGUCAACUACAGACCCAGGAGGAAUCAGUUAAACUCACUGAAGAAAUGUAGUCGUCUAAAAAAAUACAUUUCUCUUUAUUUCCUCUAAAUAGGAUCUAGAUUUACCAGACACCACGAAUAUUGAACAGAAUUUUACCAACAUUUAAAGACAACAAUCAUUUAUAAAAUGAUGAAGAAAUCGCUCUCGCUGACAAUUGAUUUAAGUGAAGCUAGUUCUAAAAGCAGUAGCAGCGACCGGUCGAUGUCCGUUUUCUUGACACGGUCUACGUUCGAGACAUUCGUAGCUGUCCGUGUUUUUCCAGGUGACGGCGAGAGAAACAGUUUCCGCACAUUUCCUGGAGCGCACCUUUAGUGAUAUUAUAUUCAAUUUUUUUUAUGUCAUGGAUCGUUCAGCAUAUAUAUAUAUAUAUAUAUAAAAAAAGGACUGUUGAAUUUCCAAAUCCACACUGUGGCAGUCAAGUCCAACUAUAUGUGCUUUUUGGUUGUAGUUUGUUUAUAUCAUGUGGACGGAGGUGGUGGGAAUAUUUUUUACGGAGAGAUUUUUUUUUUCUCCACUGGAGGCUGGGGUGGCGCUCUGACAUGACCACUGGGGGCAGUGCUGUGCCAUUGAAAUCAUGUACGCUGUCUACUUUUAGGGCUAUUCUCUGUGGUGUGGGGCGGUGGACGAUGGAGUAGAUCUUUGUGUGUCUGCACUGACUCUGUAAAACUAUUUAUUUAUGUCGGCCUGUUGAGUAACAUAGCAAACUGUCUAUAAUUAUGAAGUGCAAUUAUUAUAUAUGAACACACGAGUGCUCUCCAUGAUGUAUGUUGUUUGAAAGAAGAAAAAAAAAAUUACAUUUUGCCAUUUUUUUUCCUGCGUCUUCUUAAGAAGGAUUGUCGAAUAAAUUACAUUUUUUAAAACCCA